UAGGUUAUACACUAGUUGCAGUCACCAAAUACCUUGGCUUUCGUUUCACUGUCAGUCAAUAUUCUCGGUAUUUCUUCAGUGGAUUAAUACUUUUUCACCUAAUACCUCUUGCAGUUGAAUUUUCCUUCCCUUUCAUAAGAAAACGGACAAAUAAGUUCAAGACAUGGUUAUAUGUAGCAAAACUUUGUGGUAUAGAAUUCAUAUAUAAUUUUAUAAGGCUUUUUCAAAUUCUAGAUGUUUAAAAUCACAGCUUCUUUUGUUUUCAAUCGUUUCCUUUAUAUUUAAUAUUUAUUACUAUAUGUCAUGGCCGGUUGAUGUCAAUGUGACCCUAACUGAGUUAGCAUGGCUUAGGUUUUUGUCUCUUUGUGCUGCGGAAUGCUGCAAAACUUCUCUUGGUCUCGUGGCCACGAGUAUCGUAAUCUCGUAUGUGUUUUACUACCUCAAUGUUUUGGUAAAUGUUUAUAUAUAUGGUUUGAGAGAAUAUUCCACGAGAUACGGUUGUGUAAACGGCUGGGUGGAGGGAUUGUUAGUGUUUCUGAUGUGUGUCAGAUCUGGGAUCUUAACUAACUACAACGCCAUGGAAUACAAAGUUUUACUAAAAAGAGCGUUUGUUAUUAGAAUUACGCUUCUUUUCGCUGUGACGGUGUUCCUUAAAGUUACUUAUGAAAAAUAUGAAUCUGUUAUCUUGUCAUUCAGUUCAUCACCGACAGAAAAACUAUUCAAACACUUUCGCGCUCUUUUACUAUAUAUAAUCUUUAUGAUAUGUUCUCUCGUCGUUGCUUUCACAACUAGUCAGCUCGUUCAUAUAACCGUAUGUAUCCCAGUCAUAAUCAUUUGCCUGUCAACUAGUCUCCAAAUACUGGCUUCUAUUGCAACUUAUGGCUUGUUUCUAUAUGAUGGUUCUCGGUCAUGUCCUUUAGAAAAUCUGGACGAUUCCGUAUAUUAUAUCAGAUCUACAGUCAGAGUAAUUGAUUUCCUAGGUUCAGUUAUUCUAGCCUGCACUGGUGUAUGGGUCAUCAAAACAGAAGGCUUAAGUUGGAUUCAGACCCCGAUGCUGAUUUUGCACUGUUUUAUCAAUGUCUGGCAGCGGUUUCAAAAUGGAUGGAAAAGUUUUCUUCAGAGAAGAGAAGCCAUGAGAAAGGUUGAUUCCUUGGCUUCAGCAACUAAGACACAACUUAGCAACCAUGACGACGUGUGUCCAAUCUGUUUCAAGUAAUGUCAUCAGCAAAAAUAACCCCCUGUGGUCAUUU